AUGGUAGAGGAGAUGAAAGCUCUAGCAAAGAAUAAGACAUGGGAACUUAUUACUCUUCCAAUGGGGGAAAAACCAGUUGGAUGCAAGUGGGUGUUCACUGUGAAACAUAGACCAGAUGGUUCAAUUGAAAGGUAUAAGGCUAGGCUGGUAGCAAAAGGCUUCACACAGAUGUAUGGGGUAGAUUACCAGGAAACGUUUGCUCUUGUUGCUAAAAUGAAUACCAUCAGAAUUUUACUAUCAUGUGCAGUAAAUCUUGAGUGGGAUUUACAGCAGUUUGAUGUAAAAAAUACCUUUCUACAUGGUGAUUUGGAAGAAGAAGUAUAUAUGAAAAUCCCUCUCGGGUUUGAGAAUGGGAAGACCAAAGGAAAAGUUUACAGAUUAAAGAAAGCACUGAAGUACAUACCAGAUCUGUUGGAGGAAAUAGGAAUGCUAGGUUGCAAACCAGCAGAGUCUCCCAUUGAGGCAAAUCACAAAUUGCAAACAGGAGUUGGGGGAUCCGUGGAUAUUGGGAGAUAUCAGAGGUUGGUUGGUAGACUGAUUUACCUUUCGCAUACCAGACUAGAUAUAGCAUAUACAGUGGGUCUAGUGAGUCAGUAUGUGCAUGAUCCUUGUGAACCUCAUUUGGAGGCUAUUUUUUGCAUCUUGCGAUACUUGAAAUCUGUAGCUGGGAAAGGACUUCUUUUCUCAAAGUAUGUCCAUCUUCAGAUUAAGGCAUUUACAAAUGCAGAUUUGGGUGGAUCUCUUGAUGAUAGGAGAUCGACAUCUGGUUACUGUACUUUUGUUGGUAGUAAUCUAGUCACUUGGAGAAGCAAAAAGCAAAAUGUGACAGCUAGAUCCAGUACAGAGAUUGAGUUUAGAGUAAUGGCUUAA